CAUGAAGUAUCCCGUCAUUCUGCUUUACGUUCCGCGACUCUUCGUGACUGGCGUUUGUGACAAGUCGGUAUCUUUUACGUGUACAUCUGUUUUGACUGAAAGAAAAGCACUUACAAGAUGUUUUUGACACGUUCAGAAUACGAUCGUGGAGUAAACACCUUCUCACCGGAAGGAAGAUUAUUUCAAGUCGAGUAUGCUAUAGAAGCCAUUAAGCUUGGCUCUACUGCCAUUGGCAUUGCGACGACGGAAGGAGUUGUUUUAGCAGUAGAGAAACGCAUCACUUCGUCUUUAAUGGAACCAACUACCGUAGAAAAGAUCGUAGAAAUUGAUAAGCAUAUAGGAUGCGCGGCAUCCGGUCUAAUGGCUGAUUCGCGAACGAUGAUCGAUAGAGCUCGAGUCGAGUGUCAGAACCAUUGGUUUGUCUACAACGAGAAAAUGACGGUAGAAUCGACUGCGCAAGCAGUCUCCAAUCUGGCUAUACAAUUUGGCGAUAGCGACGAUGAUGGCACCGCAAUGUCCAGGCCAUUCGGUGUGGCCAUGUUGUUCGCUGGAAUUGAUGAGAAAGGUCCUCAGUUGUAUCACAUGGAUCCGUCUGGUACUUUCGUUCAGUUUGACGCAAAAGCUAUAGGAUCUGGCAGCGAAGGGGCUCAACAGAAUCUUCAAGAAGUGUAUCAUAAGUCGAUGACACUCAAAGAAGCACUGAAAGCCUCACUAACAAUACUGAAGCAAGUAAUGGAGGAAAAAUUAAACGAUACUAAUAUUGAAGUUAUGACGAUGACACCUGGGCAACUAUUUCACAUGUUCGCUAAGGCGGAGCUACAGGAGGUGAUUAAAGAUAUCGCUUAAAAGUUUAAGUCAUACACGUACGAGUUGUAAGAAAGAGUUUCAUUAUAUUGAGUCGCGUUGGGGAGUACGACCGAAUUUCUUGCAAGGAGAAUUAUUGUAAAUUAUAUUUCCACUUUAUAUGAGAUAAUUAAUUUACUCUGGUACAUUUAACAUUUGAAUUUACCACCCUUAGAAAGAGAAUAUUAAAAGGAGAAAUGAUUAUUGAAUGGAUCUUUCUCGUGAUCUUUC